GCGACUCCUGUCCCUAGUGGAGGCGGCGGAGCCAGAGCCGGGGGAGGGGGCAGCGGCUGUCUGACGGACCGCGGCGGCGCCCGCAGCUCCUCACCGGUCCAGCUCCCGCUGCACCGGACAAGGCUUGCUGGGCAAGUGCCCGAGACCCUGAGGAGGUGGCUUCCAGAGCUUCAGCUUUCCAAGCGGGCUCCGGUGGAGCGAUCUGAGGUGAGGGGCUGGGCUGGGCAUGUUUAAGCGCACAGUGCUCUCCUGCCCAUCCCCAGCAGCACCCCCACUACAGGCCCGAGGAGCUUUCCGGAGCUUCCCACACUUCUGGGGAGAAGACUUCUUAGCCAGCUUGAUGUUUAAAAUUCAGCUGGAGCCCUUAAAACUUCGAGCGUGGACGCUGAAUGGGUUUGUAAAGUUUCGAAACAAGGAGACCAGUGCCGGUCCAGUGGCUGUGAUGGGAAAGGAUUACUACAAGAUUCUUGGGAUCCCGUCUGGAGCCAACGAGGAUGAGAUCAAGAAAGCCUAUCGGAAGAUGGCCUUGAAGUACCAUCCAGAUAAGAACAAAGAACCCAACGCUGAGGAGAAGUUUAAGGAGAUUGCAGAGGCCUAUGAUGUGCUGAGUGACCCUAAGAAACGGGGCCUGUAUGACCAGUAUGGGGAGGAAGGCCUGAAGACUGGCGGCGGUUCCUCAGGUGGCUCCAGCGGCUCCUUUCACUACACCUUCCAUGGAGACCCCCACGCCACCUUUGCCUCCUUCUUUGGAGGCUCCAACCCCUUCGAUAUCUUCUUUGCCAGCAGUCGCUCAGCUCGCCCCUUCAGUGGCUUUGACCCAGAUGACAUGGAUGUGGAUGAAGAUGAUGACCCGUUUGGCGCCUUUGGUCGCUUUGGCUUCAAUGGGCUGAGUAGGGGUCCAAGGCGAGCCCCAGAACCACUAUACCCUCGGCGCAAGGUUCAGGACCCACCUGUGGUGCAUGAGUUGAGGGUGUCCCUGGAGGAAAUCUACCAUGGCUCCACCAAACGCAUGAAGAUCACAAGGCGGCGCCUUAACCCUGAUGGGCGAACUGUGCGCACCGAGGACAAGAUCCUGCAUAUUGUCAUCAAACGUGGUUGGAAGGAAGGCACCAAGAUCACCUUCCCCAAAGAGGGCGAUGCCACACCUGACAACAUCCCUGCCGACAUCGUCUUUGUGCUCAAAGACAAGCCCCAUGCACACUUCCGCCGAGACGGUACCAACGUGCUCUACAGUGCCCUGAUCAGCCUCAAGGAGGCGCUGUGUGGCUGCACCGUGAACAUUCCCACCAUUGAUGGCCGAGUGAUCCCUUUGCCCUGCAAUGAUGUCAUCAAGCCAGGCACCGUGAAGAGACUCCGUGGGGAGGGCCUUCCCUUCCCCAAGGUGCCCACCCAGCGGGGAGAUCUCAUUGUCGAGUUCAAAGUUCGGUUCCCAGAUAGAUUAACACCACAGACACGGCAGAUCCUUAAGCAACACCUACCUUGUUCCUAGGCUCUGCCCUAGUCAACCCAGAGUCUACCACAGCAAUACCCCCCACACUCACCCCAUCCAUUGUGCACCCAGCUUGAUGUCCACUGGACACUGGCAACAUUUUCUAAAGUGCAAAAAAAGAAAAAAAAAAAAAAAGCCACUGGUUUUCAGGGGAAAUGUUCCUAUCCCUGACCCGUUUCAAAGCUGGGCUGCCCUGGGGGAGUGGGAGGGAGGUGGGGAGAGCUAGCCCAGGCCAGGGGUCAAUUUUCAUGUCACAACAUUUGAAUCCAGUUCCCACUCCAGUGGCUGAAGAAUGACCUGAGUGCUACUUGAAGAUACAGAGAUUCCUUGUCCACGCCUGUAAAUAGCAUGUCCUCCUUCCCCUCUCAGCUUUGCUCAUACCUCUCCUUUCCCUUCCCUUCAGCUUCCUCCUAUUGAGGGAGGAAGAGGAUAAAAUGGACACGCUUUCCCACCCCAGUCCCACCCUCAAGUCCACAGUGUCCAAGGUUAUCACACACAUAUUCAUGCACACAAAACACAUACCUAGAGCUGUGUGUGCCUCUCCAGGGUUGAGAUAGGAAGGGAAGGUCCAUAACCCAUGAACCGGGCCAUUGAGCACGAGACACUUUUCAUUUGGGGCAGGGAAGUGAAUGGGACCCUCAGCAGCCUUCUUGACAGCUACCCUGCCCAGACCCUGCAGAGCUGGAAGUUCUGUCCUCCCUGCCGCUCCCAGGAAUGUGCAAGGUAGAGAAGGGGAGGGGGCCUGCUGUAUUAAGGCUAAGAGGUGGAGGGCACAGUCUGUCUUCCAACCUUCAUCAGGAAGCAAAAGGGCUUUGGGGUCAGGUGGCAGCUAUUCCCCACCAAGAGAUUCAGGGUCACAGGUUUCUCCCCACACCUCUGAACUCAGGGCCUAGCCACCCCUAAACUUCCAAAUCCCAUUUUUGUGAUAUAUGAAGCUACUUAUUUCUUACCCUUCAUGGAGGCUGCGUGGGGAAUUUCUAGCCCUUUGAUGCCUGUGUGACCCCACCCCACUCCCACAAUUGUAUAAAGGUCAAAUAGUGAAGGAGCUAGGGUAAGACUGCUUCAGCCAGGUUCUGGGAUGGGGUUUUUAGGUUUUCUCACUUUGACAAGCCCUUGAAUGUUUUUAUAGUAGUUUUUUUGUAUUUUUUUGUAAUGACAGUAUUAUGAAAAAAAUAAAGUAUUUUAAAAAUA